CACGACUGGUGUGUGUGUCCAUUCUGCACACGUUGAUCGGCGGGCAUGGGAGUCCUGUCGGCACUGCGCAAGUACCAAGUCCUCGCGACGUCGUCGGCGGCGGCAUCUGUCCCGCUGCCAGAUGUGAACCCGGAAGAUCUCUCGUCCAACUCGUUGGUGGAAGCCGUGGAAGCCAUCGAGAAAGCGCGCAAGGAGCUCCCGAACCCUGGGUUGUACGAGAACAUUCUCGGCGAAGUCAAGUCGGUCUUGAUGCCUGGUACGUUUGAAGGCUUUCGCUUCGACUUGCAGCGCGGCUUGGGCCAGCGCUUUGCCGUGAACCAUGCGCUUCUCCUCGGCAACCCCAUGAUUCCAGGUGGCGUGUACCAAUUCGGCGCGACUUGUGUCCUGGGCGACGGAUCGGACCCCAUGCUCCUCCGCGGGAACGUCUCGCACGACGGUUCCGUCGACGCGCGGUGGCACACGAAGCUCGGCGACGCACUCAAGAUGCGCGCGCAAGCACAACUCAAGCACGAAGCGCAUGCGUCGCAAGCGAUGGUGGACUUGGACUACACUGGCAAGGACUUUACUGCCAACGUCAAGGUGGCCAACGGCCUGCUGCUGGGCGUGAGCUACCUGCAGAGCGUCACCCGCGACGUUGCGAUUGGCGGCGAAGGGUACUAUUACGGCAAGCACCGCAAGACGAUUGCGUCGUAUGUGGCCAAGUACAGCGACCCGAGUGGCAAGUGGAGCGGCAUCGGCACGUACGGCAGCCAGGGCACGUACCAGCUGCACUACCUCCGAAAGGUGUCGGAUCGCGUCCGCCUCGCGACGGAACUUGUGUACAACCACGCGUCGGGCGAGUCGCAGUCGUCGUUUGGCGUUGAAGUCGACCUCCGACAGACGCGGUUUGUGAGCAGCUUGGACCAGACAUUCAAGCUCGCGACCGCGUUGGAGUGCAAGGUGUUGCCGCAGCUCAUGCUGCUCCUGUCCGCGGAAGGCACUCCCGCGAACGACGACCUCAAGUUUGGCUACGGCUUUCAAUUUUACAUGUAGAAAAAAGAGUUUAAAAAAUACCAGGGGUAGCAUCGACGACAACGCAGAGAGACACUCGAUGCAUCAUUCCAAACGAACCGCAACCCACCACGUGGACCAGCCACGGCUUGCGCGCCGGGUCGCAGAGGUUGCUAGUGGCGGCUCGAACCAUGACUGUGUCG